AUGGCUGACACUAUAGACUCUGCGGUGUCCAAAGACAACCUAUUCAUUCCGCUCAUCGAUUUCUCUCACUUCACAUCCGGCACAGCUUCAGAGAAGAAGGCGGCUGCCGACGCCGUGCUGAAAGGCUUCCAGCAAGCAGGCUUCAUCUACCUCAAGAACCAUACAAUACCGCUUCCCGAUGUCGAGAACGCAUUCAACUACUCCGCAAAGUUCUUCGCACGUCCCCAAAGUCAGAAAGACGAGUUGGAAUGGUACAGCCCGGAGGCGAACCGCGGAUACGUCCAGCAAGGGCGAGAGAAGGUCACAGACCUUAUAGAUAAGGAAGACGUUGCAGCAUUGAGGGGAGAUGUACCAGACCUGAAAGAGUCGUUGGAGAUUGGGAGAGAAGGCGAGGAAAACUGCCCAAACAUGUGGCCGGACAAGUUCGAUGAAGAAGGCAAGACCUUCAAGGAGUACAUGAUUGGCUUCCAUGACCAAUGCAAACGACUACACGCUCAAGUGAUGCGCGCCGUAGCUCUGGGUCUCGGAAUCGAAGAAAGCUGGUUUGACAGCUUCACAGACCGUGGUGACAACACGUUGAGACUGCUACACUACCCAGCUGUGGCCAAGGACGUCUUCAAACGGAGCGAUGGGAGGAUGCAGGUGCGCGCUGGCGAGCACUCUGACUAUGGCUCAAUCACCCUACUCUUUCAAGACGCGCGCGGGGGCCUCCAGGUCAAGUCGCCACAGAACACAUUUGUGGAUGCAACUCCCAUACCAGGAACUAUUGUUGUGAAUGCUGGAGACCUCCUCGCGAGAUGGUCAAACGACACGAUAAAGUCCACCAAACAUCGGGUCAUCGAGCCACCACCAAACCCCGACCAGGCCACGCCUGGCGAUAAGUAUCCACCGCGCUACUCGAUUGCUUAUUUUUGCAAUCCAAACUUUGGUCGUACAAUCGAUGCGAUCCCGGGAACAUACGCAGAUGUCAAGGACAAGAAAUACGAAUCGGUCAACAGCGGGGAAUAUCUAGUGCAGCGUCUGACGGCGACAUAUUGA